UGUGCUACGACGGCUGAGCUCCAGAGGAUCACACACACAUUCCUGCCAUGGAUCCUGCAGCUGGAAAACCCAUCGAGAUGGCGGCUCUUGGUCGACCUUUUAACCUCGGGAUGCUGUACGACUGUCGACGAGACGCACUCGUCCCCAGCAUGACCUUAUGGGACCGUGAGGACCUGGAGAAAGAUACAAGAGAAACACCAAAACCUAACAGCGAAACUGAGAUAGUUGCAUCUGAAUCAAUUGAGGCCAAAUCUUCUGCGCUGAAAGUUGAAGCAUCUCUGAAAGCAAGUUUCCUGGGUGGACUCGUUGAGGUUGAUGGUUCAGCCAAAUACCUGAAUGACCAUAAGACAUCCAAAAAUCAGGCCAGAGUAACACUGAAAUACAACACAACCACAAAAUUCAAGGAACUGACAAUGAAUCAUCUUGGGAGAGGAAACGUGAAGCAUCCAUAUGUCUUUGAUAAAGGAAUAGCCACACAUGUGGUCACAGGCAUUCUUUAUGGAGCACAAGCCUUCUUUGUGUUUGAUCGAGAGGUGUCUGAAAACGAAAAGCACCAGGACAUUCAGGGCAACUUGAAAGUAAUGAUCAAGAAAAUCCCCUUUGUCUCAAUUGAAGGUGAAGGUUCCCUGAAAAUGGAUGACCAAGAAAGAGCAAAUACUGAAACAUUUUCCUGCAAAUUUCAUGGAGAUUUUCGUCUUGAAAAAAGCCCAGUCUCCUAUCAGGAUGCUGUGGAGGUCUACCAAAGCCUGCCAAAACUUCUGGGCCCCAAUGAUGAAAAGGCUGUUCCAGUCAAAGUCUGGCUGCUGCCUUUGACAGCUUUAGAUUCUUCUGCUGCUAAACUUGUUCGUGAGAUCAGUAUAAGAUUAAUUCAGGAAUCACAAAGUGUCCUGGAGGAGUUCGUUGAGCUGGAAAUGAGAUGCAACGAUGCAGUGAAAACAACCACUGCACAGCAGUUCCCACAGAUCGGGCAAAAAGUUAAAAAAUUUAGAGCGUUCUGCUCCGAGUUCAAGCUGGAAUUCCAACGAACACUUGCUAAGAAACUUCCAACAAUUCGAGGAGGAGGAGAAGAUGAAGCCGAGCUCGCAGAAAUCCUGAAAAAACGGCAUUCUUCUCCUUUCAACAGCAAAAGUCUGAACGAGUGGAUGGACUGUAAAGAGAGAGAAAUCUGCAUUUUGAAAUCUUUCACAAAAAUGAUGAAACACAGUAAGAUCGUCCCUUCUCAGAGUGCUCUUAUUGAGGAAGUUUUCAGCACAGAACAUGCAGUGACUUUUGUCUUCACGUCAUUGGGUAAUGCUGAACCAUACCUGUCUGCUUUAGAGAACCACUUAACAGAAAAAACUGGAAACCCUGCAGAUCCACGAUCCCAUGACGUGGAGAAGGAACAAUGGUAUCUUUCAAAAGAUGUCACAGAUACACUGAGAAACAAAGCAAAGCUCUUCAGUGAUUUUGCAGAAACAAACAAAGAGAACAAGAACAUUAAGUUCCUGACAGUGGCUUUAACAGAUGAGACACACAAAGGUUCAAGCAUCUAUCUUUAUAAGGAUGGAUUUUCAGUCAGUGACAACUUUGAGCCGCCUUCAAAACCUGAAAGAGUAACUGUGAGUGACGUGAGCUACAACAGUGUGACUCUGAAGAUUUCUCCACCCAGAUUUGGAGUUGAAGGCAUCACCUCCUACUGUGUUGAAUACUGUGUCUGUGGAGAAGAUGGAUGGCAACAAACCACAGCACCUAAAGCUGAGGAGGCCACAGUGAGUGGUCUGAGUCCUAACACAGAGUACAUGUUCAGAUGUAGAGCAGUGACUCCAGUAGGUCUAGGGCCUGCAGCUCAAGUCAGUGAUCCCAGUAAAACCCUUCCCUGCAGCCCUCCUGGAACACCUCAAACAGAAUCAAACUCAAGUGAAAUAUCAAUCAGCUGGGAGAAACCUGCUGAGAUCGGACAGGACGUCCAUAUUUUGAGCUACAUCAUAGAAUACACUGAGAUGGAUGGAGAUGAUAAGGCAGAUCUCCAAUGGAACCAAAUGGUGUCAGGAAGUGAAAAGGUGAUCAUUUCAGGACUUCAGUCUGAGACAGGAUACGCAGUCAGAGUCCGAUGUGACUGUGGUGUCGACGGAAGAAGCAAAGAAAGCAUCACCAUUAAGAUCAGCACAACAAAGCGGGAAUUUGAGCGCCUCGCUGACUACCUCAAGCAUAUUAGCAAGAACAUAAAUUCUGACUCCCCAACACUUUACAAGUUGCCUUUGAAGGAGAAACAUAUUGAUAUAGAUGGCUGCCGCAUGUUUUCUUUGGGCAAAGACAGCAUGAGGCAUAAUCGCACAAUCAUGCUUCUUGGGGCGACUGGAUCAGGCAAGUCCACCCUCAUCAAUGGUAUGUUCAACUACAUCAUUGGCAUGGAAUGGAAGGACAAUUUUAGAUUCAAACUAAUCCACGAGGAUCUUUCAAAAUCACAAGCUGAAAGCCAAACCUCUGAAGUCACUGUGUACAAAGUCAACUACCAAGAAGGUUUUAAAAUCCCCUUCUCUCUGACUGUUGUGGACACACCUGGGUUUGGGGAUACCAGAGGAAUAGCAAGAGACAAGGAGAUUACUGAACAGAUCCGGAAGCUUUUCACCUCCACAAAUGGAGUCAGUGACAUCGAUGCACUGUGUUUUGUUACUCAGGCUUCUCUUGCAAGACUAACAGCAACACAGCGAUAUGUCUUUGACUCUGUGCUCUCCAUCUUUGGCAAAGAUGUGGCCGAGAACAUUCAGAUGCUUGUGACUUUUGCAGAUGGGAAGCAGCCACCGGUUCUUGAGGCAAUAAAUGUCUCUGAGGUUCCAUGCCCAAAAAACGACCUUGGGCUUCCUGUCCACUUCAAAUUCAACAACUCUGCACUGUUUGCAGACAACAGGUGCACCAAGGCCAGCAGUGAAGACUCAGAUGAUGACUCUGACAACUUUGAUGAAAUGUUUUGGAAUAUGGGAUUUAGGAGCAUGGAGAAGUUCUUCACUGCUUUGGGUCAAAUGACAACCAAAAGCUUGCUGAUGACCAAAGAGGUUCUCAAAGAGCGCAAGCACCUUGAAACAGUAGUUGAAGGUUUGCAACCACAAGUUAGAGCUGGACUGGCAAAACUUGAAGAAAUAAAGACAACGAAAGAGAAAAUCAAAGAGCAUGAAACCAUCAUGGUUUCAAAUGAGAAUUUUGAGAUUGAAGUGGAUGUUGUGCAACCUGUCAAGGUGGAGCUCACCAAGAAAGGAGAAUUCAUCACCAACUGUGCAAAAUGCAACAUAACCUGCCAUUACCCAUGUGCAAUUGAAGAUGAUGCAAAAAAAGACAGAUGCGCAGCAAUGGAUAUGACAGGGAAUUGUAAGAUCUGUCCUGAGAAAUGCCCUUGGAACAUCCACUUCAACCAGACGUACAGAUGGGAGUAUGUUUCAGGGAAAGAAAAGCAGACGCUGCGAGCCCUGAAGGAAAAGUAUGAGCAGGCUACGUCAGACAAGCUGAACAUUCAAGAACUGAUCGAAAGGCAAGAAGAGGAGAUUGAGCUACUCCAAGAUACGAUCAUGUCCUUAAUUGAUCAGUCUGCCAAGUGUUUGACCCGUCUUCAGGAGAUCGCCCUGAGGCCCAACCCUCUGACCGCUCCGGAGUACAUCGACAUGCUGAUCCAAGCGGAAAACACUGACGCCAAACCGGGUUUCCAGGCUCGUAUUCAGGCUCUGGAGGCCAUGAGGGACCGAGCCAAAGUCAUCUCCAAAGUUGCAAGACAAAAUAAACUCGCAAAUACAGAGCAGCAACAAUCUCCUGAAAGGCAGAAUGAGGAAAAAGAAAAAAAGAAAGGAUUUUUCAAUAAAAUUGCUGGCUGGUUGUCCCUUUAAAUACAAAGUGAAAUAAAUGUUCUGCAGCUUCUAGUGAUUGGUUUAAUGCAGAACAAAACUGUAGGAAACGAUAAAUUCUAAAGCUCCGCCCUCAGACCAACCUCCAGAAAACAAAACCUACAUGAGCAACUCUAUGACCAGAGUGAAAAGCCAACAUCGACUGCGUUUUCAUGAUACAUUUGGUCUGAUGUGUUAAAUGUCUGAUGUCUGAUAUCUGCAUUCCAUCCAUGUUCUGUUAAAUAUAGAAAACAAAGUAAUGACAAGUGUCUGAAUUCCAGAAAAUACUAAACAUAUUAACAGUCAAAUGUUUAAUACAAAUGAUUGAAAUGAUUUUACUUCUUUUAUGUUUGAUGCUUUUCAUGUCCUUCAGAUGUCUGUGUAGGUUCUCAUUCUUCUUGGUAGUUCUUCUCGGUUCAGCUGGACUGGUUUAGCUCUUUUGAAAACGUUUCGUCUCUCUUUCAAGAGACUUCUUCAGCUUCAUGUCCUUAAUGUACCGCUACAUUUGCAUUUAAUGGAGUUAAAAACAUUAAAGUAGAAUACAUUUGUUUUAUUAUUAGCACCAUGUUUUCAUAAAGAUUGAAGUUUUAUUUCACUGUGGACUAAAUGGACAGAAAUAUCAAUAUAACACCUGUAAAAACAACUUGAUUUUGAGAUUAAAAACCUGAUUCCAACAGAGCUGUGUGGUUCUUCAGGCAGAUAAGAUCAUCACAAAUGUCUGUAUUUCUAAAUCUUUCAUUAUGUUGUGGUUUCAGACAAAGAGGCAGGUUUUCUGGGAAUGCGUCCGAGCUUUAUUUUUCGUUCAGUUCAGGAAUGUCAUCAAGCACAGUCACAUCGAAGCUGCCUGAAGGUCGAACGGAGGUGGAUGAAACCACGACGACGCCGUUUGGUCACAACAUUCAUGCCAGACGAACA